AUCGCCAGUCUUUCUAUCAACACAAUAAAAUUAGUAUUUCGGUCAAAAAUGAAUGAAAUUACGAUCAGUGGCCCGGAAGCGCAGCCCACAACAUUAGCAAAAAAGGUUCCCAGUAAAUAUCUUCUACUUGCUGUUUGGGCAGCUGGGAUUGGUGGAACAUUUCAAUAUGGCUACAAUAUAUCCAUAAUAAAUGCACCUACCAAGGCUGUGCAGAACUUUAUUAAUCAGACCUGGACGGAGCGCUACAGCACUGAAAUCUCCAGUGAUAUGUUAACCCUCCUCUGGUCCAUCAUCGUCUCCAUCUUCACUAUCGGUGGGCUUGUAGGAGCGUCUGUCGGAGGAACACUGGCUAUUAGAUUCGGAAGGAAAGGGACUCUACUGUUCAACAACACCUUUGCUCUGUUGGCUGCUUUGUUCAUGGGUUUAAGUUAUCCUGCAAGCACUUUUGAGCUUUUAGUCAUUGGACGCUUCCUGACAGGAGUAAACGCAGGUAUUGCGAUAUGUGUUCAGCCUCUGUACAUUGGAGAAAUUGCACCUCGGGCUCUGCGUGGAGCAAUGGCCAUGGGAACCUCCAUCUUCAUCACCGGAGGAAUCCUGACAGGACAGGUUAUGGGCCUCAAAGAAUUGUUAGGAAAGGAUGAGUACUGGCCGAUCCUCUUGUCCACCAUCUGUAUUCCAGCCGUCCUGCAGCUUCUGACUCUGCCCUGGUUCCCGGAGAGUCCUCGAUACCUGCUCAUCGACCGAGGGGACGACAUCGCCUGCCAGAAGG